CUCAAGCAAACCACCCGCCCGCGCAGCUGGUGCCUCAGGCUGGUCUGUAAUCCCUGGUUUGAGCACAUCAGCAUGCUGGUCAUCCUCCUGAACUGCGUCACCCUGGGCAUGUUCCAGCCCUGCGAGGACGUGGAGUGCCAGUCGGAGCGGUGCACCAUCCUGGAGGCAUUUGACGACUUCAUUUUCGCUUUCUUUGCGGUGGAGAUGGUCAUCAAGAUGGUGGCUCUGGGGAUCUUCGGGCAGAAGUGUUACCUUGGAGAUACAUGGAAUCGUCUGGACUUCUUCAUCGUGAUGGCGGGCAUGAUGGAGUAUUCUCUGGACGGACACAACGUGAGCUUGUCUGCGAUCCGCACCGUCCGGGUUCUUCGGCCGCUACGAGCCAUUAACAGGGUCCCAAGUAUGCGAAUACUCGUCACCCUGCUGUUAGAUACUCUGCCUAUGUUAGGCAACGUCCUCCUCUUGUGCUUCUUUGUCUUCUUCAUCUUUGGGAUUGUCGGUGUGCAGCUCUGGGCAGGGCUGCUGAGGAACAGAUGCUUCCUAGACAGGAAUUUUGCAAUGACAUACAACCUCACCUUCCUGCAUCCGUACUACCGGACCGAUGAAGCGGAGGAGAACCCGUUCAUCUGCUCAUCGCAUCGUGAAAACGGCAUGCAGAAGUGCUCCAACAUCCCAACCAGGAAGGAGUACAAGGUGGAGUGCACCUUGAGCAUGGACUCCUACACCCCAAGUUUAUACAACCCUGACUUCAGCAGCAGGAAUUACACCCCCUGCCAUGCAUACAUUGUAAUAUGGAACCAGUAUUACAAUGUAUGCAUGGCAGGGGAUGUAAACCCACACAACGGAGCUAUCAAUUUUGAUAACAUUGGAUAUGCCUGGAUAGCUAUUUUUCAGGUUAUAACCCUGGAAGGAUGGGUUGACAUCAUGUAUUAUGUGAUGGAUGCACACUCUUUUUACAAUUUUAUAUAUUUUAUAUUGCUUAUAAUAGUUGGUUCCUUCUUCAUGAUUAACUUGUGCCUGGUUGUGAUAGCAACACAGUUUUCGGAAACAAAGCAGCGGGAGAACCAGCUGAUGCAGGAGCAGCGGGCCCGCUAUCUCUCCAACGACAGCACAAUUGCCAGCUUCUCAGAGCCAGGUAGCUGCUACGAGGAGCUGCUCAAGUACAUCUGCCACAUCUUCAGGAAGGUGAAGCGACGGACGAUACGUCUCUACAACAACUGGCAGAGUAAGCGCCGGAAAAAAGUUAACCCAAACAGCACCACAAAUGGGCAAAGCCACCGAGGCAAAAAGCACAUCACCUCCAUCCACCACCUCAUCCACCAUCAUCAUCACCACCACCACCAUCACUACCACAUCAGCAAUGGGAGCCCUCGGGGGCCACGCUCCAACCCCGAGAUCUGCGACUUGGAACUCAAGGUCAUGAAACCUGGAGGCCAACUGAUGCUUCCUCCUCCAUCACCCAACUUGCAGAGCCCUGCUCCUCCUCCGGAUUCGGAGUCUGUGCACAGCAUUUACCAUGCAGACUGUCAUGUUGAAGGACCACAAGUGAACUGUAAGUCUUCCAAUGCUCCUGCAAGCAUUAAACUGACUGCUGGACUCUCCAACCAUGGCAACAUGAACUAUCCUACUAUCCUGCCUUCUCCAACUAGCAAAGCCAGUUCUGUUCCUGUUCCCAAAGGAAAGAAGAAUGGCAAUUCACCUGUGGCUGUGGUUAACAGCCCUGUGAAUUUGGGCACGGAUUCUUAUGGGAAGCUACAGCAACUGGUAGGAGAGCAUGAACAGAUCUAUGCAGCCCCUGGAGUUACAUCUGUGGUAGAUGAAGGACCUGCUGGCUUCAGCCCUGCAGCAGAGAAGCCCCAGCUGCUGGGAGAUGGUACUUUGAAAGGGAAGAGCAGGUGGAAGCUGGUGGAGAAGCAUAAG